CUUAUCAGGUACGGAUAUGGGGACUUAGAAAAGACCAAAGCAGUAUGGAACAGAACAAGAGCUGCUGGAAUCCCAUUUGACACACAGUGGAACGAUUUGGAUUAUAUGGAUAAGAACAAUGAUUUCACAUAUAACAAGAAUACGUUUAAGGAUUUGCCAAAAUUCGUAGAAGAGAUUCAUUCGGCUGGAAUGCACUAUAUUCCCUUAAUCGAUGCUGGUAUAUCCGCUUCCGAGGACAGCGGUUCUUACCUUCCAUACGACGAAGGAAUAAAGCAGGGUAUAUUUGUAAAGGACGCUACAUCGAAUAAUCCUUUCGUUGGCAAGGUCUGGAAUCUCGUUUCUACGGUGUGGCCUGACUUCACAAAUCCGCAGACUGUUAACUACUACACAAACAUGUUGAGCAAUAUGCACGAUAGUUUCGCGUACGACGGUGCAUGGAUCGAUAUGAAUGAACCAUCCAAUUUCUACAACGGUUACAAAAACGGCUGUUCGCACAACAGUCUGGAUUAUCCCGAAUACGUACCUAACGUCGUCGGUGGUGUGCUCGCUACAAAGACUCUGUGUAUGAAUGCAAAACACUACUUAGGCUCUCAUUACAAUCUCCAUAAUACUUACGGAAUAAGUCAAGCGGUUGCUACGAAUCAUGCCCUCAUUAAGAUUAGACAGAAAAGGCCAUUUAUAAUAUCGCGUUCGACAUGGGUGGGACUUGGUCAUUACGCCGGCCAUUGGACGGGCGAUGUUUAUUCAUCAUGGCACGAUAUGAAGAUGAGUAUUCCAGCAAUCUUGUCGCUAAAUUUCUAUCAAAUCCCGAUGGUGGGUGCUGAUAUUUGCGGAUUCGACGGCAACACAACCGCUGCGUUAUGCAGUCGCUGGAUGCAACUUGGCGCUUUCUAUCCGUUCUCCCGAAAUCACAAUUCUGAUGAUACGAUUGAACAGGAUCCGGUCGCUUUGGGCGACUUGGUAGUACAAUCCUCGAAGAAUGCUCUGAAUAUACGUUACCGGUUGUUACCGUACUUGUAUACGUUAUUCUUCAAAGCGCAUAAAUUCGGCGAUACGGUGGUGCGCCCACUAUUCUUUGAGUUUUCCUGCGACACGCAUACCUAUGAUAUUAAUACGCAGUUCCUCUGGGGAAGUUCGCUCAUGAUCAAUCCAGUUCUUGAGGAGAACAAGAGUAAUAUAACUGUUUACAUACCAUUUGGAGUGUGGUAUGACUAUUACGAUCUCACAACUUUCUUGUCUUACGGGAAGAAUUUCACAUUACCUGUUCUGCCCACUGAAAUACCAUUAUUGAUCCGCGGUGGCUCGAUACUUCCAACACAAAAACCGGGCGUGACGACGACUGAGAGCAGAAGGAACAAUUUUGAAUUAUUGGUAGCAUUAAAUGAAUUCGGUAGUGCCAGAGGAGAACUCUAUUGGGACGAUGGUGAUAGCAUAAAUUCUGUGGAAAGGAAUGAUUAUCUGUGGUUGUCCUUCGUAACCUUAAACAUGACGAAAUUAUCGAGCUCAAGAAUGGAUGCCGGCACUUUCAACGACGAAGUAACACUUCAGAGAGUUGAGAUCUUUGGAAUAAAUGCAGUCAAGGUGGUUUACCUAAACGAUAAUCCUAUCACAUUCGUUUACAAUUUCGACACGAAGAACUUGACUGUCUUUGACUUCGAAGUGGACAUGAAGCAACCAUUUGUAUUUUCGUGGAUUUUUUCUUCAAAAUAGAUAUUCCUAAAACACGUAAACAGAGUGUUGAGUCUGAUUCGAAUAUUUAAUCGUGAUAUGUAAAUCAUAUUACUUAUGACAAUUGAUGUGAUGUAGAGAUCUGAGACUACUAGAAUAUAUACACUAUAUGUAAUAUAUGCGUAUAUAUAUAUAU